CUUUAGUAACAAUAACCUGAUACAUGGCAAUCAAAUUUGAUACCCCCGAGUCGCAGGCGACCGGAAGUACUUCGUCUACGCACCAAUUGAUCCGAUCAGUAGUGCAGUAUGUCUCAGCAAGAGAUGUCUUCGUCACCACCCCAGCUGCUGGUGUUUCAUCUAUGGGCCUUAGUGCUUCAUCAUCGAGUCUUCUUGGGAUAGCAGAGCUGCUUCAAGAAUAUUUCUACGAGACUGCUGCCCUUUUGAGAAAGUAUCCCUUGGAGGAGCAUCAAAUUUUGUGGACAUGGAACUUAAACAAUUUGGCACAACAAUUAGUCAAACUCAAAGGCUCCAAUGCUGCCUAUGGGAACAACAAUCAGACGAGUCGAAGACUGUUAGAUUUGAGAAACCUUGACCCAAACUUCCGAGAACUAGAUAGUAGGCUAAGCAGGUUGACUAGCGAUCUAGUCCACAUGACCAGGUCAUUCUAUCAAGGAUUUGUGGUGGAGAAAGCCACCCAACUUAACCAGAGCUUAGCAUUGUGCUGUUUCCAACAACUUGCUGAAUUGACUGGCGGCUCGUUAAAACUAGUUGGAUGUGACGAGCAUACCCCACUUGUGGAGAACACGAGCUUACAAUCCGUGACCCUGUUCUUGCAACAGUUGUACAGAAGUAACAACGACGAGUUGGCGAAAACGAUAUUUCCUAGUCUUGUUGAUCUCAUUAAAGUUGCAUAUUGGGCAGAUGAUUUCUCGUUGGUGGAGGAACUAUUGAAUCUGGGAGUUGUGAGUGCCACAACGCCAUUAGAAAUGAUACACACUAGUAAGAUGGACUAUAUUGUGCUAGUAGAUUUCUAUCGUUAUACGGGGUUUUUAUUGGUCAGUCAAAGUUUGAAAUCGCGUCCAGAGAAGGAUCUAGGCAGACUAAGCAAGCUUUCUGUUGAUUCCAACCAUGGGAGCGCGCUGGAUUUACAACCACAGACUGAGAAUCACAUCAAUUCAAGCUCAGCUGUGCCGUAUUUUAAAGUCUUGUUGCGUCUACCUAAUCUCAACAUCUCACUUUGGACCCCGCAAGAGGGGAAGAAGUUGAGCAGUGGAAGCUUGGGAGGCACUGAGGUAUCGUCAUCAUCUUCAGGUCCAUUGGAACCGCUUUUAGAAGAUAAAGUCGCAAGCCAUUCUGUUCCAGCGGGGGUAAUGAAACAACAUCAACCAUAUCACCAAUCACUUCUUUCUCUUGAAGACCGACAAGAAAUCUCACUUCUCUAUGUGAUAAGCUACCUUCAAAAUCUCAAGUCUCUUAGAGGGCUUGUUCAUCCAGAAAAAAUCUUUCGACAAGAGCUCGAUUUUCUUACAAAAACUCUCACAUCAAGUAUGUCAGCGGAUAUCCACCGAAGUGUAAGUGUGUCAUCGAGUAGCGUAAGUUUAACUCAAAUGGAAAGAGAUGCAUCUGCUUCAGUCAAUCUUGCGGCAUUGACUUCCUCCGGCAAUGAAAACUUAACCUCAGUGCCAAUAAAAUACCGGUCAAUUUCUUCAAUUCUCUAUCAUGGUACUUACAAAGAGAAGCUUCAUAUGGUUAUGCAAUUACUCGCCCAACUAUCACUCCCUGGAGUGUCUAGUAUUAGACAAAUUGUUUCCCAAUUUACUCCUGGUGUUAGUUCUGACUCCGAUUUCAGUAGAUUAGCCGCUACAAUUGAUCCAACCAAGUAUCCGGGUAAAAUUGCUUUUGUUAGAGCUGUAGAAGAUACCAGCUUGCUCUUACAAUCAUUAGCCAUUAAACAUUGGAUCAGCUCUUCUGGAAUAAAUAAUAUCCCUGAAAGUGUCUUUGCAAGGAAAUUCGGGUGGAGUAAAGACCAGAUUCUUUCCAACGCACACAUUCAUAGAUGGUUUCAUGUCCAAGAGUGCUUAGAUUCAGAAGAAUCAGCACUAAAGUUUACACCAACAGUACCGGAAGUGGUUGAUCUUGACCAGGAAAUCAUGGAACAACUAGCCAUUCACAAGAGAACUCAAGCUUUGAAUGAAGUGGCACUGAGAUUAAGAUAAUAGUGACUUACAAGGCUACUU